ACGAAUCUCACCUCUGCAUCACAACACCAUCUUAUUAAUUCACUUAUACUGAUACCUCUUAAUACUAAAGAGAUAUAUUUUAUCUAGAUAUUAAGAAAAGCACAUAGUAACAUUGAGUUAAAAGCAUUCACAAACACAUAUAAUAUUGUUUGAAUAACCAGCUUUCCGCCCCCCCAGGUGUCUUCUUUUUUGUUUCUGCUGUUACAGGAUGCCACGUAGAGGACGACGCUCUGAGGCGGCUAAGGUGAGAUGGAGGAAGCUGGAGAUUGUGCCGGUCGACGCAAAGCCUGGGACACCACCGCUCACAACCAGCGCUUGGAACCCAACUCGGUCUCCGCCAAAGAAGAUGUCCCAACUGCUGGAGGGUGGCCUGCCCAACCAGAUGUCGCCUCCCGUGGUGCGUCAGGAGGAGCCCCGUGUGCCAUCGACCUCUCCUGGGUCACGCCGUGGGACGGGGCGUCGCCAUCGGGUGGAGACGUGGCCAGUCUCCCGGGUGACCAGACGGAGCUGCAAGUUGGUUCUGCCUACUGCCGGGGCUCUGGAGAAGAAGUUUGCUCUUUUGGUUGGUGAUUCCCAUCUGCGUGCUAUUGUGGAUGGGUAUUCUACCAUGCCAAAGGGCGACUUCUCCUUAGGGGUGCUUGCAUCCCCCGGUGCCUCUGCGGAAGAGUUGCGGCUUGAGGUGCUGGAUGCAGUUCUGCCUCGGCCCCCCGAGGUGAUCUGUCUUCUGGCCCCAAGUAACAACUUAACCGCCAGCAGGACGUUCGUGGAGGCCGGAGCGGCGUUUGACGCUUUGUUGAGUACCGUCUGCAACCUCUCUGCUAAUGUGGUCGUUGUGGACUUUCCACCGCGCCUUUGCGUGGAGGACAGUGUGCAACAGCUGCUGCGGCAGGAGUUUCAACGUGUGGCUGCUCAGAGAACUGUUCGGUACUUGCCUGUCACUGAACACUUCCCGUUGACCAACCUGGCCUUGUGGAGCAGGGAUGGCGUUCACCUGAGCGACCAUCCUGGGAUGGAGGUCCUUGCUCAGUUGCUUGAGGCGGCGGUCUGCUCGCAACUUGAGUUAAGUGCAUCGAAAUCUCCUGCUCCUGUGAUGUUGGCUGAUGCCCCUCCUGGGACGGCUUCCAUAACCGCGGUGAGACGUUGCCUGCCCCGGAUGGUUGUGGCUAGCGAGGUGGCUGCUCCGCGUCGUUCAGAGUCCUCCGCCUGGACUGUGGUUGGUGGUGGUCGGAAGGGAGACCUGCUGGAUUCGUCCAUCCCCCUGAAUCCUGUGUGCUUCAGCCCAGCGUUGCUGGAGGAGAUGGAUCGGAUCGUUCCUGCGUCUGGCCUUGAAACUACGCUACCUACAUGUUCUCCGAAGGGGAAAAAGAAGGCGAGUUCGAGGCAUCAUGCAAUUUCCGAUCCCUCCAAGCUCAAUCCAGUGGAGCAGCAGAUGGAGGGAGCGCCGAGAGAGAGCACCAGCACAGCUCGUCGCCAGGCACAGAGUUCGGUACCCCCGAUAGACGUCCAGGCCGAGUCCUCUUCCGUGCCACAGCAGGGUAAUUUUCAGGAUGGGAGCUGCAAGGCUUCUGCGCUGGAACCCAGGAUCAGCGGUCCACCUGUCCUGUUGGUAAGUGCUACACAUUCCCAGGCCGACAAGAGGUAUGCUGCAUUUUCCCGUAAUCACCAGUGCACAUGCAUGGCACUCACAUUUUUAGCUUACCACAAUGAGGGGUUGCAGUUUGACACAGUGAUGCUUGAUAGAGUGAUUGAAAAAGGAGACCAACUUUAUGUCGGCGUUAAACAGCAACUGAUCAGUGAUGGAACAUUUCGUGACAAUCACUUAACGUUUGAACAGAUGCCUGACUAUGUGCUGACAGACAGGAACAUCUAUGCAGUACAUACAACUGGUUUAAAGAGUGCAUCGCAGUUUUCAGGGACAGAAGCGGUCGGUUUGGAGUUUUUGAUUCCCACUCAAGAAAUUCAGCAGGCCUGUCCCACCCCAGUGGAACUGCAGUAA